AUGGAGGAAGACCAAGAGUGGAGUGACUCAAGUUAUGUUUUAAGAAGGAGGUAUCGAUUAAAUUGGAGUGCAAUAAUAAGAAAUGUUCCAGAAGGACUUGAAGGAUUAUACGAGACAUUUUCAAGGUGGAGUGUCUCUUUAGGGUUUUCAUUACCAAAUUUAGUGGAAGAAUCGGACGAAUUGUGUAUACAAAAAGGAGAAAAAAAGAUUUACAUAGUUAGUUUUCCGUCCAGAAGUUCCACAAAAAGCUUUAUCAGGCUAUCUAGGCGUAAUAUAUGGAGGGAGAUUUCAAAAGAUAGCUAUAGUGAAUUGUAUGUAUAUUGUGAUCCUGCAUAUAAAUUAAGGCCAUUUAAUGAUUUUGAAACAAUGAAUUUAUCAACAUGUUAUUGGUUAAUUAGGGGUAUACCGAAAGACAUUGAGAAUGAUGAAGUUAUCUGGGACUUUGUAGGAAGAAGGAAUCCAUAUGGUGAGUUUCUGAGGAGAUUAGUGUAUAUAAGGGAUGAGGAAGGUGUUAGUGGAUUUUGUUUUCUCCAGUUUUCUUCACCUUUAACGUCAUACAGAGCUUUAAAGUGGGAAAUAAAGCAUUCUAAAGAGUUUGGGCCUAAUUUCAAUAGGAAGAAUUUGAUUCCAGAGUUUGUUGGUACAAGUCAUGUAAAAGCAUUACUAACUUUAUGUAAAGGAUUAGAUAAGUUUGAGACAAAAACCUUAAAGAGUCUAGAAAGUAGCAUUAAGAACUUUAUUGACUCUGAACAGUUGAAUAAUGUGAAUAUUUCUCGUGGUAAAGUUUUGCAGGGUUAUUUAAGCUUCUGGAAAAGAUCAAAAUGUGUGUCAGUUCCAGUAGAUAGAAAUUCAGAAUUUCAGUACUGUGGUGAUGAGAACUACGAAUCAUUGUAUAGAGAAGCUUUAUAUACCAGUGGAAUAGAUAAGUUUCCAAGGGGACGAGGGAGGUUAUACUAUUGUAACUCUCUCAACUUCCUUUGGGACUGGGAUACUCGUGUUUUUCUGGACUGCCAAAGUAAGUCACUUUUUGAGUUUGACCCUGAAUUACAAAGCCUUAAGUUUAUUUAUAAUUCAGGGAAAUCUUCUCAAUUUGACAAUACUGGCCACACUUUUGGUGAAGAUUAUAGUGAUAGAAAUAUUCAAGAAGAUUGUCAUUUCAAAACUCAAAUUUCCAAAGAAAAACUUAGAAAAGAAAAGGAAAUAAGAGUAGCCUCUUUUUUAGAAACUGCAAGGUCCCAGUUAAACUAUAACAUGAAUAACUAUAUAAAUAGCAAUUCUGUGGAAGAUAGGAAUUCCAUUUUAGAUAGUGAAUACGAUUCCAAGAGGCAAAAAAUCACCCAGUUUUUUGAUACCUCAAGCCACAUAACUCAUGAAAAGAGUCAAACAGGCCAAAGACCAAACUUUUGUAAUCUGAUUUACAAUAACUCUGAUGAUGGCGCCAAAAAUCCAUGCACUAAUAAUGUAUGUAAGACUCCUGGUCAGCAGGCUCCAGAAUGUGGGGAGGUGGCGCCUUCAGUGUGCAUGUGGUCAGUUUCUGACGUGGGGGUCACGGAAGAAACUAUGGGUGAGGAGAUUAAUCGGAUCGAUGCCGGAAGUAAGAAUGGAAUUGUGAGUGAGGAGGAGUUAAUAUGUUUUGUGUGUUGCAGGGUUUUUGGAUCGGUUUGGGAAAGAGUGAAUCAUGAGCAAAAAUCGUCGCUACAUAAGUAUAAUUUGGAGAUAUGGAGAGAUAAGGACGAAUUUUAG